GAAAAUUUCAAAGUCCGAUCCGACCUCGUUCGUCAUGCUCAGACUUGGACUGCAACCCAUUCGUCGCUGUUAUUGCCGUCCUAGACGAUGGAAUGGAAAUCUUCUGCUGUUCGUGCAGAAACAGAUGAAUUUGGUAUCCCUCUGAAACCGACGUGGUCGGUCAACGAAUUGCUCUCGUCGUAUCCGACACCGACGAUAUCCCCUGCGAUACUCAAUCACCUUCACGACCUUGCUGCUCUCAUACCUCCGGAAGAAGGGUCGGAAAAGUUUGACAGGGUUAAAGGCGAGCUGGAGGAACUUGUACGACUGGUUGAGGCUGUCAAGCUGGUCGAUACAGAGGGUGUUGACUUGGACACAGCGACGGAGAGGACGGAUAACACGCAGCUUAAUGCACCGCCGUUGGAUGCAUCAGGACGUUCACUGCUGAAAUAUGCAGCCCGUACGGUAGAUAACUUUUACGUUGUGGAUGCAGACAAGAGACAUUAGGUCAAAUAUAACAAAAGAUGAUCUUAUUGUUCCUCCUUGUCGCUAAUGAACAUCAGCGGGACGAGAUGGAGGCGGUACAUCAGUAAUCAUACAGCACCCCGAAGGGUCUCAUCAAGAUCCUACAAACAUUUAGUAUUUGCUGUGUGAUACAUUGCGCUAAUAAACUUACCUGGACUUCCAAUACUUCCGGGGUCAUAAUUUUUUCCAGCACCAGCUGUGCGAUGCGAUCUCCUUCCUCGACUUCGAAAUCCUUCUCGGAGUGAUUGAAAAGCAGGACAAAGAGUGGGCCUCGAUAGUCGGCAUCCACGACCCCAGCACCAGUGGCAAUCAUGUGCUUGGAAGC